AUGCGAGUUGAUGCUUACUGUCAUCGUGCUUCUGUUGACGUCAUUGCUUUGCAAGAGGUUCGUGCUGACGCCUGUACCCAGCGUCAGCUUGAAAAACUGCUGAAAGAGCGUGGUUGGCAAGUUUUUUGGGGUGGUGUUGCCCCUCCUCACAAUGGCACGCGCAAGCGCGGUCAAGGUGACUUCCCAGGGGUAGCGCUCCUGGUGCGGUCUCAUUUGUCUGCUCUGCCCUGUGACUGCCCUGGUGAGCUUGACCCUUGGCUGCAUGCCGGCCGUCUCAUGGCCCUCGAGGUUGAAGGCUUGGUCAUUUUCAAUCUGUAUGCGCAGAGUGGACAUGGUGACACCAAGCAAGUGCAACUCCGUCACAAGCUCAAUGAAGACUUGUUUACUUGCGCUGCUCAUUUUGAGUAUCGCCCUGUUAUUGCCGUCGGUGAUUGGAAUGACCAUGUUACGGACACCCCUUUUGCGCUUCACACCUGCAUGGCAGGGGGGACGGUUAGAGCUGGUGCUGUCGACGAGCGCGGUCGGUAUGUGCCUACGUAUGUCUCUGGCGAGGUUUCCUCUACCAUUGACGGCUUUAUCUUGAAUAAGCAUGCUGCUCCCUUGUAUAUUGAUGGUGACACUGCUGUUGACGAGGGUCUGCAACAUCGCCCGUUGUGGCUACAAGUCCAGGCGGCGGUCUACUUGCCUAGCAAACGCUGCCUAAAGCCUCGUAAAGACUUGGGUGCUGGUGCUGUGUCUGAUGCUGUUAGCGCGCGAUGUUGGGCACAUCACCAAGCUACCUUCCUCGCCGCUUGUGCUUCGCAUGAUGUUUCUACUGCCUGGCUCAUCUGGAGCCAAUGCUUUGAGGACAUCCUUCUAGAGUCUUCUCUCCUUUGUGCCAAUGGCCAAUGCCGGCCCGAUGACCGUGGCACUCGUCGCGGUGUUACUGCCGAAACCCGUUGUUCUAAUGAGUACAAUGCGCCCAUGCACCAGCGUAAGCGCGCGAUGACUCUUGAGCAGCGACGGCUGUAUAAGACCCAGUGUCAGUUGCGUCAGCUUGCGCGGGGUCACCUCGCUCACCCUGCGGCCGUCCGCACGGCCACCAAGGUGAUCCACACCCUGCUUGACCUUGCCCCUGGCCUCCCUAGCCCCGAACUUGGUGACCUGCUUGAGCCUGCGGUUGCCAAAACGUUGUUGACUCACCUUGAGAAGUUUUGCCAGCGUCAGUGUGAGCAAGAUAAACGCGACCGCAUUGCUGCCUGGAAACAGCGCAUCCGUACGGAUUGGAGUGUUGAUCGAGCCCGCGUCUUCAAAUGGAUUCGUGGGGAAAAUCUUGAACAGAUUCAUGCUGUCUUUGAGAACGGUGUCCUUCACCGCGGUGCUGAAGCGACCUUUGCGGCUCUGCGCCGCUUCUGGGUUCCCGUUUACGCUCUGCCGGCCGAUAUGGUUGCUCAGACUGUCCGUGCUCAGCCUGCUCAGCAGUACUGCUUGAAUGUUGAUCCCACCACUGUCAAAUGCCAAUCCGGUGUUGACCCUGAGAUGCUGAUGCGCUUUAACCGUCGGCUUAAGGCGUUCUCUGCUGGCGGGCCCGAUGGUUGGGAAGCUGCUCAGUGGAAAAGGAUGGAUCUUCGUACCGCCGGCUUCUUGUCCUUGUUCUUGGAGUGCUGCACUCAGGCGUCUGCUUGGCCUGAUAUCCUCACGUCGGCCCACACGGUUUUCAUCCCCAAAGAUGGCCGCCGCGGUGUUCAGGAUGUGUCCAAACUUCGCCCCAUCUCGGUGGCUUGCUUGGCUUAUCGUGCAUGGGCCUGGUCCACAUUGCAAAAGAUCAACACUUCGAUGCCCGAGCUUGUCCAUGCCAAUCAGUUCGGUGGCGUCCCUGGUCGCACUUGUGCUGACAUGUAUCUUCAAAUGCAGCUUGAACUUGAACGUGUCUUGGUUGGUGAAGUCCCCGAGCCUGGUGAGCCUGAUCUUCGCCCACAUGGCUAUACUGAAGAUUCGUGGAAGUUCUUUGAUACGUUGCAACCCCCGCGCAUUGGCCAACUCUUACUGGAUGCUGGCAUGUGCCCGGAGGAUGUUGGUCUAUGGCUUGCCUUCUAUGCGCAACAUGAGCGUAUCUUUCGCAUCGGUCGCACCGUUGAUAGUGUUGCCCUACGGCCGGAAAGAGGUGUCCUCCAGGGUUGCCCUCUCUCGUUGUUCGCGUCCAACCUCUUGAUGCGCAGAUGGUGUCUCACCAUCGAAGCUGUCGGUGCCAAGCCCUGUGCCUUCGUCGAUGACAGAGAAGUCGAAGCACCGGACUGUGCUACUCUUCAGGCGGCUGUGGAUGCCUCGCGGCAAUUCAACAGAGAUGAAGGUUUGGUGACGGUCUUAGGUGCCCAGAAAACGUUUGCUUGGCAUGCGUCGCCCCCUGAAGCGACUGUCUCCUGGGGUGAUGAGGCCCUGCCCGUCCAGACCCACUGGACCUUACUCGGUACUGAUAUGUCGGCUACGUCGCAGCCUUGUGUCUCUACCCGCAAGGCCCGCGCUCAGGCCAUGGUGCAGGUCAUGCGCCGCUUGACCAGUCUCCCCUUGUGCUCGCAUGAGCGUCAGUUUCCUGCCGCAUCCGCUGCUGUGGCCAAGGGUAUCUACGGCCUGGAGGCUCACAGCAUUCCGAGGGCGGAGUUGUUCCCGCUCCGCACUUGCUUGUUGCGUGUUGUAUGGGAGGGUAAGCCGCGUCGGUGCCCGGAGGCUGCGGUGACCAUGUGUUUCCAGGGUCAUGUCCUUGACCCGGAGAUGGCAGUGCAUUAUGCCUCUUUCUGUGCCCUUCGGCGUGCGUUGCAGGCCCCGGCGUUCAUGCAGCAGUGGCUUGCUACAUGGAGUGCCGUCACUAAGAGAGGAUGCGUCCGUGGCCAUGGGCCUGUACGCGAGUUUCGGCGCCGGCUGCGGACUUUGGGUUGGGAUUGCAACGACGGUGUGUCCUUCACUGUGCCUACGCUCACCGGUCCGGUUAGUGUCGAUGUUCUCGCCACUCCUAAACCUGAGUUUCUGCAUCACGUGCGCAAUUCCUUGCGUGUCAUGCUUCUGAAACGUGCGGAAAAUCGUCGUAAGGACUUUGUCGGGGUGACUGUGGCUGACCUUGACGUCACUCGCAUCGUCCUUCAUGCUGACAAGCAUACGCUGCUCCGGAAGUCCCUGCAAACCUUGAUUUGCGGUGCGAUUACCACUCAGCAUGUGCGGCAUCUGGCGGGGUUGACGCCCACUGCCAAAUGUCCUUUCUGUGAUGGUGAUGAUGAGGACGUGUUUCAUGUCUUGUGGUCGUGUCCGGCCUGGCAAGGCAUUAGAGAUGACCUGGCUCACCUGCGUUUGCGUCCCGCGGUGUGGCCCCCGGCUAUGAGGCUGUGCGGGUAUUACGUGCCCUCUGCUCGUCAUGCCCCUUCGGCUGCGUCUUGGCAAGCCGUUCAAGUUGUGCUCGCUCGCAUUAUCCAGGCCCGCACGCAGCACCUGACCCGCAAUAACUUGUUUGAUGAGCGGGCGAACGUGCCGGAAGAUGCUGAGGCACAGGACUCCAAGGAUUUUGCGUCUACAACGCAUGCGGCGGCGGAACAGGAUCAGGCCUUGGCUGCCUCAUGCUCGAGAGGCUGUCGGGGCUGUGCCGAACGGGGCUGA